AACCAAUAAGUUCGACGGGGGUAAAUGCUACUUCCCAGGUAACAUGCCUGAGUGGCCGACAGAGGAUCCUUUCGACAAUGGAAAGCGGUUUUACGUGUUGAAAAAUUCAGAGAUGCAAGACAAUGACUGGAUUCGGCUAUAUUUGGAACUUGCAGUCGCCAAAUAUACAAGCGACAAAAAGGAUCCUGAUCUGUCCAACUUGAAGAUUGUGAAUGUGGCAAUAGAUAUCCAAGAUCUGAAUGAGGGACUCAAUGCCAAAAAUGCAACUGUCUACAUAAGUUACAAGGACGAGGCUCGGGUGGGUAAGGAUGUUGAUCGCAUAGCUAUAGCUAGAAGAAACUUUGAUGAGCGUACAGGGUGUUUCAGUCUCAUGGGUAAGCAUCAGAGUUUAGAAAUUAUACCAAAAAAGGGUGAGAAUCAGAGUGAGGACGACCCGUGUGACGAUGUUGAUCACAUUAGAAGAAGCUUCUAUGAGCAUACAAGAUGCUUCAAUCCCAAGAAUCAGGAUUUGAGUGCAGAAAACAAGUGUAAGUAUCAGCGUGUUAUCCGGCGUUUACGCGUUAUCAAACCGUGGCGGUUUUCGAGUCCUAGGCGUUGGCAGCCCGAGCCUUACAGAAAAAGUUGCUGUCGCUGUACUCCUCGUCUGCACAAGACAAGAUCCAUUUGAAAAUGUUAAUCAGAGAAUAAACUAUUAAUGGUUUUUGUGCAAUUUGUGUGGUUUCUAUAAUGUCCUCUGCUUGAGACUAAUUUAACAUAUGUCUACUUUAUUCAUUGAGACUGGAAGAGAAGUUCUAAUCUU